GAUUAGCGCAAAACAGUUGGACGCAUUUGAUGAGAGCGGCACAUUUUUUUCUGUUGUUUAUCGGUUUUCGGUGAGCUCUCUCGCUCUCGUUCGUCGGAAAAUUCAAAAUCUUUUGAAUCACAUACUCAGGCUCUGCAUCAUUUUCCAUUCGUGCGUUUCGGUUAUUUAUCGCACUUUCGCUCACACGCUCGCACGUUAAUCAGUUAGUCAGUUUGCCAGCCAGCCAUUUCAUUUAUUUCUUUAACGUGUUUUUCUAUUAUUUUUUUUUUGUUCUUUUCUUGGUUUCGGAUUCGUUUCGAAAAUAAUAGCAAUGUUUAUUAUUUUUCGGUUGCUCUAAAUGACAGUCAUUCUGCAGAUAAAUAUCUGUAAGUGGGAUUCUUCUUUCAAAAGUCGACAAAAUGUGAUAUUAUUACCUUCGAACAUGUGCUUAUUGUUAUUCUAACAUAAAUUGUUCGAGAAAAAUACAGAAAAAUAGAAAACAAACCGAGCUAAAUCGAAAAAAGGUGUUGAAAUAAAGGUUCGUGGAAAAUUUCGAACAAAACUGAAAAUAAAUGCAAAACACUUGAAGAUAUAAUGUGUGUGUGCAGACAAAAUCCGAUUUUUCGUUCGGUACGGAGGUGCAAUACAGUACAGAUCAACGUCAACAACACCACCACACAAUCGAUUGGAUUUUAGUCCGAAAUUUGCGUUGAUCCGCAUUAAAACAGAAAGAAUACAGCGGUGCAAGAACAAAUCAGACGUAAAAACAUGGAUUUACAAAACAUUUCGAAAAUUUCUGACCAGUGUCCGACAAAUGACACUGACGACGAUUUCGUUGAAACAAUUAAACCCAUAGUGACGAUUUGUUUUAGUCUAAUCGGCAUUAUAGGCUUUUUGGGCAAUACGCUGGUAAUCUUCGUUGUACUGAUGAAUCCACAAAUGCGCUCAACUACAAAUAUGCUCAUUAUCAAUUUGGCCAUUGCGGAUUUACUGUUUGUUGUGUUUUGUGUGCCGUUCACGGCCAUCGAUUAUGUGGCAUCCGAGUGGCCACUUGGAAAUGCUUGGUGUAAAAUUGUUCAAUAUUUGAUCAUUGUCACGGCGUUGGCCAGCAUUUAUACCUUAGUUUUGAUGAGUUUUGAUCGUUUUUUGGCUGUAGUAUACCCCAUCUCAAGCCGAUCGUUGCGAAAUGAACGCAACGCACUGAAAGCGAUUACCAUUUUAUGGCUACUCAUACUGUCGUCAGCCAUUCCCGUCAUCUUUGCGCACGGAAUUGUGACUGAAAAAUAUGGUUCGACCGACUAUAAGUUUUGCGCAUUCAAAAGUGGUGGCAUUUCAUUUGCCGCCUUUCACAUCAUAUUCUUCUCUAGUUCAUAUUUAAUACCAUUAACACUGAUAAGCGGACUGUAUGCAUUCAUGUUACGGCUAUGGCGAACGGUUGUGCCGCACAAUCGGACAAAUGAAUCGCAUCGAGGGCGAAAACGUGUGACAAGAUUGGUGUUCGUUGUUGUGGCUGCAUUCGCAUUGCUUUGGCUCCCCAUACAAGUAAUAUUGCUGCUAAAGAGCCUCAAGCUGUUCAACACAUGCACACAAUUUGAUAUUUUGCUGCAGAUUGCGUCUCAUGUACUGGCCUACACCACAGCCUGCAUCAACCCACUGUUGUAUGCGUUUUUGUCGGAAAAUUUUCGAAAAGCUUUCAAAAAGGUCAUUUACUGCGGCCCAACCAGGCGAUACAGUUAUCACCAUCCAUUGUCCUCAAAAUCAAUUCGCACUGGCAGCACAGCUACACCAGAACAUGUUUAAUGAAUUACAAUUUAAUUAUUUAUUAACAUCAACAAAAUGUCGAUUUC